AGUGUAGUUCGUCGCUUCGUCGUGUUCGGUUGUUUACUAGCCUAACACUGACUCUCUCUGUUAGUUUGGCCCAAACUUGCCACAAAUGAAAAGAACGUAAACCCAAACGCCGUGUGACAACAACUUGAAGCGUGCAGCAAAGCGAGCCACUGGAUUAUCGCGCACGAUUUUCAAAAACACACAUCUACAACAACAAAAUAAUACACACAAACAUCACACAACAAAAAAUAAAUAUUUUUUAUUUAAAAAAAAAACACACACAAAACCCAUACAAAAGUUAUGAAUUGGCUAAAUAAAUAUAAUUGGCUGCAUGUGAAUCUUUGAGUUUAUCACAAAAAUAUUAAAAGUGCAGUGCAUUUGGCUAAAACCCAAACAAAGUUCAAAUUGGCUGAAAACACCCAAAACAAAUUUAUUUUUGUUUUUAUCAUUUUCGAAAUCGUGCUGCAAACUUCAACAAAUGGUUGCUGCGCACAAUCCAAAGAUUAAAAGCAACAUGGAAAACUAGAGACCAGCCACACACACAAAAACAAACACACACACACUCACUCAUACACAAACACACCCAUAAGGGCGAUAUUAACCACAAAUCGGGGAAAACCACGCAAGACAACAGAAGAAAAAGCAAUUGAAAAAUGCAGAAACUAAAGGAAAAGUUGAUCUGCAACUGGGUGUGGAGCAUCUGCAUUAUUCUCAUCGUCAGCUGGGCGAGUCAAACAGAGGCUUUGGCCAACUGUCCGCCCGGCUGCCAGUGCGAUGACAACACUCUGGUGGUGCAGUGUGGCGAGGGGCAGCUGGACGUGUUGCCCAUAGCUCUGAAUCCAUCCAUCCAACGAUUGGUCAUCAAGAGCAACAAAAUCAAAACGAUCGAUUCCUCGAUACAAUUCUACGCGGAGUUGACUUUCCUCGAUUUGUCGCAUAAUCAUCUCAUGACGAUACCACAGCGCACCUUUGCCUACCAGAAGAAGCUGCAGGAGGUGCAUCUGAACCACAACAAGAUUGGCCAGAUCAGCAACAAGACCUUCAUGGGACUCUCCGCUGUGACGGUGUUGAAUUUGCGGGGCAAUCUCAUCUCGGAGCUGCAUCAGGCCACCUUUUCGCCGCUGCUCAAGAUUGAGGAGCUGAAUCUGGGCGAGAAUCGCAUUGGCUACCUCGAUCCAAAGGCAUUCGAUGGCCUCAAACAGUUGCGCAUUUUAUAUUUGGACGACAAUGCGUUGACUUCGGUGCCCGAUCCGGUCAUCUUUCAGGCCAUGCCCAGCGUGGCUGAACUCUACCUGGGCAUGAACUCCCUGCUGAGCAUUCAGGCCGCCGCCUUUCAGGAUCUCAAGGGUCUGACGAGGCUGGAACUGAAGGGGGCCAGUCUGCAGAACAUCUCCCACAACAGUUUCCUUGGCCUCGAGGAGCUGCGCAUCUUGGAUCUCUCCGACAAUCGAUUGGCCGAAAUUCCCACCGCGGGUCUCAGUCACCUGGUGCGUCUGGAGCAGUUGUCGCUGGGCCAAAAUGAUUUCGAGCUAAUUGGCGAAGGUGCCUUUGUGGGUCUGAAGCAACUCCAGCGACUGGACAUCAAUGGAGCACUCAAACUGAAGCGCAUCAUGACCGGUGCCUUUGCAGCCAAUGGCAACUUGGAGUCUCUGACUUUGUCCUCGAACAAAAUGCUCGUCGAGGUACAGGAGGGUGCGCUGAGUGGCUUGCCCCACUUGCGGCAUGUUGUGCUCAAGGCGAAUGCUCUGACUUCCCUGGCCGAGGGUCUGUUCCCCUGGAAGGAUCUGACCACGUUGGAUCUAUCGGAGAAUCCUCUGUCAUGCGAUUGCCGCGUGAUGUGGCUGCGAAAUCUGCUGGUCGCCAAGAAUGCCAGCCAGGAUCAGGAUCAGCUGACGGAUCAGCUGCUCUGCGAGUUUCCUGAACGUUUGCGUGGUGAGCCGCUGAAGCACUUGAAUCCCACCCUGAUGGGCUGCAGCCACAGCGAUCCACGCAAGCAAGCGUUGAUCGGUGCGCUCCUCGUGGGAUCUGCGGCAACGAUAACUGCCUUGGCAUUGGUGCUGUAUCGCUGCCGGCACAAGAUACGUGAGUAUCUGAAGGGUGGCCUGUGGGGCAACUCGGCGCUGGGUCGCAAGGAGCGCGAAUAUCAGAAGACCUUCUGCGACGAGGAUUACAUGUCCCGUCUCCAGCAUCAUCCCUGCUCCCUCGGCAUCCACUCAACCUUCCCCAACACCUACACCGCACCACAUCAGACAACUGCUGCGGCUGCUGCUGCUGCACAUCAUCAUUAUGGCAUGUGUCCAAUGCCCAUCAACGAUUUGAAUUCCGGCGACGGUCAGCACAAGUUGCAGCAGCUGCAGGUGCCUGCCAUGUCUGCCACACUGUUGCACACUGAGCAGAAGCUGAACAACAACAAGGCUCUCGCCGGCAGCAUCGAUGACAGCGCCAACUUUGUGCUACACAUGAAGACGGCAACAAUGAACCGGGAUCAUCAACAGCAGCAGCAGCAGCAGCAGUUGCAACAACAACAGCAACAGUUGCCACAUCAGCAGCAGCAUCCUCAGCAAUCGAAGCUGAAUCAUUAUACGAAGCCGCAGUUUCUGGCUGCCACAGCGACUGUGGCUGAUUCGUGCUAUUCGUACGCUGACGUGCCCCUGGUGCAUGCCCCACAACAGCUGCGCAUCACACACGAGCACUUCAAGCAGCGCGAACGCGACUUUGACAACGAGAAUCCGCUCGGCGAGAUGAUGGAUCCCAAUUACAUCUACAGCAAUGCGCACUAUUCGCUGCCCCUGGAGCAGAUGGGUCGCAGCAAGACGCCGACGCCGCCGCCGCUGCCACCGGCGCUGCCACUGCGUAACGGGCUCUGUGCCACAACGGGCAGGCGCUCCUUGCAACACAGGCCAACGCCAGCGACGAACACCUUGCGGCAAUUCACGCACUGAUCCUCGGAGCACUAUCGUCGCAGGCAGCUGAGCAUUUUUGCUUAGUUCCUCGUCGCGUUGCCAACUGUGAUGCCAAAUUCUGUAAAUGCCCCACAACAACAAGAAAUGUUAGUAGUAGAGCACACAAGACACUAAAGCGCUGAGUUUACACGUGACUAAUUCCAUUCUAGUACCCCUUACAAUGUAUGAAAUUCUUAUAGUCUUAAUACGAUAAACAAAUUUCAAUUUCAAUUCUUGUUACAUUUUUGUAGUAUGCCAUGAAAAAUAUCUGAAUUUCAUCCGAUUACACGUGUGAGCUCUGCUUAAGACAUAAGUUACUUAAAACACAUAAGGAAAUCUUUGAAAAACUCUAUUGUUCUGUAAAUAGCACCAAAAACAAAAAACAAAAAACAACAAAAAAAAGGAAAACGAAAAGAAAAGAAAAGAAAACUUAAUGCGAUCUCUAGCACUGACUUACUUACUGUCUUUCUACUACUAUUCAUUUUUCCUUGCGAAAUUGUAUUUACUUAGAUCGUAAGCCAUAAAUUGUAAAUUAAUUUAAAAACUAAACAAAACAAAAGAAAAGAAAACA